UCACCACAAAAAGGUAAACAAAUCAAAACGCUGAGUGAAAAUUUCGCAAAAUGUGCAAAAUAAUUAAAUGAGCAUCCAAAAUAGAUGCUAUAACUAGGUAGUUGUUUCCAAACACAUACCCUAGAAAAAGAAGGAGAUGAGCGACUUCAGGAUCUGCUGAAUAACACAAUACACAACAAUGAGCGACUCCGAUGAAGAUGCGCGGGAGGAAGUGCGUCAGAUCAAGCAUGGAGAACUCCGAACGGCGGUGAGCGCCGGAGAUGAGCGGACUGUGCGGGUCCUGCUGGCGGCCCUGGGAACUGAGCGGCAGAUUAUAGUCAAUAUGGCUCCUUCUGGGGCCAAUACCCUGUUGUUCAUAGCCUGCCAGUCUGGUUACGAGAGCAUCACCCAGCGACUGCUAGAUGCUGGGGCGGAUGGACGCUCCCACGCCGUCACCAAGUACUCACCCCUGUACGCCGCCGUCCACAGCGGACACUUGGGCAUCGCCCGGCUGAUGCUGGACCGCUUCCCAGAACUCAUCCAGCAACCAACUGUAGAGCGCUGGCUGCCACUGCACGCGGCCUGCAUCAAUGGACACAUCAAGCUGUUGGAACUCCUCAUAAGCUACAGCUAUCCCGACUACCUCUAUCAGACAUAUCGUGAAGAGGAGGGUCAGUGGGAGUGGCGGCUGCCCUUCGACGCCAACGCCCACGACGUGACAGGUCAGACCAGUCUGUAUAUAGCCAGCAUCCUGGGCAACAAGCAACUGGUUGGAGUGCUUCUCAAGUGGCAACUCCAAUGCCGGCGCACGAUGGGCGAUUCCGCCAGCUCGGUGAGCACUCCCAUCACGCCCACCAGAAAACGCAUUUCGUUUGGCAUUCAGGCCAUCAUGUCAAAGCUGCACAUAUCUGGGGAGUCGGAGGGACCCGAUGACCAGGCUGCCCAAGAGUCCAACGAAUGCCAAAGGUGUCCCAUUAACGUUAAUCUGCUGUGUGGGGCGGCGAGGGAAACGGCUUUGCUAGCGGCGGUUAGAGGCGGUCAUCUCGACGUGGUUCAGUCUCUGCUUCAGCACGGAGCGAAUCCGAAUAUUGUGGCCAAGCCAGUUGAAGAUCACAACGACCCAAAGUGUUGCGAGGAAAUCUACGGACUGAGCAAUGUCCCCAUUGCAGAGGCCUGCAAGCAAAGGUCGUUGGCCAUGUUGGAUCUCUUGCUGAAACAUGGAGCCCGUGAUGACAAUGGUUCGGCCAUAGGAAUGGCUAUGACCGGCGGCGACGAGGCCAUCCUAAGCCGCCUCCUGGCACGCCGCGUUCAUCCGGACUCUGAUUACAAGAUUAACAAGAAGGGCCUUCCCACACCUGUGGAGGUGAACGUGUUUUUGCCGUCCACCAGCAACAUAUCCUACAGCGCCAUGUUUCCCAACGUACCCACCAUCAUCGACUGGCACAGCAUGGGCUCCAGUGUGCAAUUGUCUGUGGUAAGAGUUCCCUGGAUGGUCAGUGGUGUGUUGCUGCUGAAUCCCAAGUUGCAAUCUCAUCCCCGACUCAAUGAGGUUGCUCUGACCGCUAUCACGAGAAUUGACUUUUCGCACAAUGUUCUCACGGCAAUUCCACAGGAGUUGUUUCAUCUGGUUAGUCUAAAAUAUCUGAAUGUGGCUCAAAAUAAGAUCACCGAUCUGCCUGCGCCGCUGGGUAAGUCAUAUGGUUGCCCGGUUCUGGAUGAGCUUUUCCUGCAGGACAACCAAUUGACAACUCUGCCGGCCGCCAUCUUUCACCUACCCGCCCUAUCUAUUCUGGAUGUUUCGAAUAACAAACUCCAACAGCUCCCCUUCGACUUGUGGCGUGCGCCUAAGCUGCGCGAACUGAACGUGGCCUUCAACCUAUUGAGGGAUCUUCCUGUGCCGCCGAUGCAAACGAGCAGUUCACUUCUCAGCCUGGACAAACUGCAGCUGCAGCCCUUCGAGGAGCCACAGUCAAAUAAACCGCGAAAUGUGUCGCAGCAGCGGCUAACCCAUCGCAAUCUCUGGUCGUCAUCUUUGGACAUAACCGACAAUGACAUGAAGUGGCAGCAUGAGCAGGAUUUCGGCGAUGGGAAGACACCUGGUGUGGGCUCCUCUCAGCUAAGUAGCCUGAAUAUAGCAAAUAAUCUAUUCACCAGUAUUCCCGCUGCUCUGCCCUGCCUGGCGGUCAAUUUGACCCGGCUAAAUAUGUCGUACAACAGUCUGCGUUCCAUGGGACAUGUUACAAGCUAUCCGGCCACACUGAAGCAGUUGGAUCUAAGCCACAAUGAGAUCUCUUGCUGGCCAAGUUUGCCACGGAUAACCGAAUCGGAUCCGCACCUACUGUGCUACAGUUGUGUCCAGCUGCCGGAAGGUCGGGAGGAGGAGCAAGCUUACAAAACGAAUUCCUCAAAGGGCAGCAGCUCCUCCUCCACAUCCUUUCGUGCCUCUGUGUUGAAGAGCGUUUGCCGGCACAGGCGUCAUCUGCGCCUGGAGGCACUACGCACUUUGAUCCUGGCGGACAACCUACUUACCCGCAUCCAGCUGUCAACUGAUGACGCCACAACGGUGUUCAACGAAAGCGAGGACGCCGACUGGAGUGUGGUAGGCGUGAACCGGUCAAAGGUGAUAUUUCCCAACCUGUCUAUGCUAGAUAUGACCAACAACUGCCUAAAGGAGAUUCCCGCCUCUUUGCACGAACUGAGCAGUCUGUCAGUAUUGAAUAUAAGUGGCAACGUGAAUAUCACGGAGCUGCCGCCGCAUUUGGGUCUUCUCUCACGGCUCUGGAAUCUUAAUACGCGCGGCUGCCUCCUGCAGGAGCCAUUGCGUUCCAUGAUCGAGAGCAAGAAGCACAAGACAAUGGACAUCGUUGGAUACCUGAAGUCUAUUUAUGAAGAUGCUCAGCCGUAUGCGCGGAUGAAGCUUAUGGUGGUGGGUGUGGCUGGAAUCGGAAAGAGCACCCUACUCGACUUGCUGCGCCAGGGAGCGGGCUCAGGCUCUAGUUCGAGUUCUCACCGAUCUCGCGCCAGCGAAAAUCAUUGGGCCAAGCGGAUGGGACACGCUCGGAGCACAUCUAGAACACACCGUCACUCAUCUGCCUCCAGCGCAAACAUAUCAACGGUUGGCGUGGACAUCGGAACCUGGAUUUGUGAGAAGCGGAAGAGGGCGCCCGGCUCUCAUGGCCCGGUGGUGUUCCGAACUUGGGAUUUUGGCGGCCAGAAGGAGUACUACGCCACCCACCAGUACUUCUUGUCCAAGAGGAGUCUUUACUUGGUGCUGUGGCGCAUCAGCGACGGUCACAAGGGCCUGGCGGAGUUGCUGCAGUGGCUGGGCAAUAUUCAAGCUAGAGCUCCAAACUCUCCUGUAAUUAUUGUGGGCACACAUUUUGAUGCAGUCGGGGAAUCCAUCUCUCCUCAGAAGGCAGAGCAAUUGCAGCAACUGAUUCGUGAAAAGUUCAUCGCUAUUCCUGAUGCGGAAAAAAUUGGACUGCCGCGGGUGAUUGACUCCAUCGAAAUAAGUUGUCGAACCUUGCACAACAUCCAUUUAUUGGCCAACAUCAUUUACGACACCUCCAUGCAACUGCGAUCGCCGGGAUCCAAGGAGCCAAUGCUGCUGCAGAAGAUUCCAGCCAGCUACAUUGCCCUGGAGGACAUUGUAAAUGUAAUUGCUUGCAAUUUGCGCGCGGCUGGCCGAGAUCCCGUCCUGGAUGGUGAGCAGUACAGACGCUUGGUCACCGAACAGAUGCGACUGCAUAACUACAAGAGCUUUCGGGAUGCCGCUGAGCUGCAGCAGGCUACCACAUGGUGCCACGAAAACGGAGUUCUGUUGCACUACGAUGAUGCCACGCUCAGGGACUACUACUUCCUCGAUCCGCAGUGGCUGUGCGACAUGCUGGCCCAUGUGGUCACCGUGCGGGAGAUCAAUCCAUUUGCUCCCACGGGUGUGAUGAAGUUGGAUGAUCUUCAGCUGCUGUUUCGUAGUGCGCAAGUUCAAGGAAAUGGAAACAGGAGUUACAUUGUCAGCUUAUUGAACAAGUUCGAGGUGGCAUUAACGUGGGACUCGCGAACGCUACUCAUUCCCUCUCUGUUGCCAUUGCAAGAGGCAGCUACACCCAAUUCUGGAAGCACAGUAAAACUUUCGCAACGUUCCCGCGGUCGUAGUUUAGGGUGCUCUGUCUCACAAGAAGUCAAUCUUAAUAAUCUGAUCUAUGAGCAGAGGUCAGCACAUACUUCGCCAUCAUCUUCUGUUACUGCUAGCCAGGGACUGCGUCGCAUUCUUUUGAUGACUUACUUCCCGUCCGGUUUCUGGUCGAGAUUAAUUACGCGGAUUCUGGCUGAUGAGCAGAUAAUUGAGGCGAUUCGAGGCUCUUAUGUGGCCUUACAAGAUAAGUACGUGGAUUUCGAUUUGCGCACUUCGUUGGAGCAGGAUACCCAGUGGAAUCUGUGGCAGACAGGCCUAGCACUUUACUAUGGACAUAUCCUAAUAUUCAAAAUCUGGGAAGUACCGUUUCAAAGCACUGAGCGUACCCAACCUUUCCGCACUAACGGAAAUCGCUUUAAGCUAAAGUUAGAUGGUAUCUGGAGUGAUGUGAAUUUGAGCUCCUCCAGCAUUCUGGAAGUUUACUUUCCACUUCAUGAUGUGAACAUUUCCCAGGAAGUGGAUAACCGGGAACGUCAGUUGCUGGCCGAGCUACAGCCACACAUGUCCCAGGUGGCCAAGUUGUUGGCCCUGACUGUGGAUCAUAUUGAUUUGCUUUUAGAGGACUGGUAUCCUUCGCUGGGAACGCGGUUUGUGCACACUUCGGAGGGUCGUUUUCUAAUCACUCGAUUGGUGUUGUGUCCGCGAUGCCUUUGGAAGUUGCAGUUGCAGCACAGCAACGAGCCCGCGGACCGGGAUCUACCUGCCAUGGGAUGCAAUAGACCAAGCCGAAGUAGCAGACGCGGAGCGGGAGCAUACUUUCUGCACGGUGUUGGUGAUCCCGGUGAGGAUGGUGCUUUGAACGUGUUCUCGGCUUAUCUUAACGCCACAGCAAGGAGGGAGCGCAGAUCAGAGGAUUCUUUGAACGCUGGCUCGGAUGCAGAUUCGGGAGUGGGUCCUGAUUCCGCUGGGUCUUCUCGCAACACUUCGGUGGACGGUCAUCCUGGCUAUCACCUGCCCGAUAACUCAAAUGUAUGCUACGCCUGGAUGAUUGAGGAGUGCAUUUUGUCAGUUUACAAUCAAAGCAAGAUCAGCUGUCCUGUCCAUCUUGAACAGUCGAUGGCUCAGCUAGCUCCGGAUGUCAUAUUUGCCGAUAUACCCGAUAAGCACACUAUUCCUAGCGAGUGCAUCAUUAAGGGAUCGCUGCUUGGUCGAGGAGCUUUUGGGUUUGUCUUCAAAGCAAACUGCAAGGUAAGGGGCGCUAGGUCAUUUAAACCGGUGGCCAUGAAAAUGCUUCAGCCAGUUCCACCCGGAGCUCGGGCCAAGGAGAGCGCUUUAAUGGCCUUCAAGGUGGCCGUGGGCAAGUGGGACCGCGAUCCAUUGCAGCAUUCCUGCAAGGCUUACUGUACAGCUCGCCAGGAACUGGCAGUACUUCUAACCCUAAAGCACCCAAACAUUGUGCCCUUGGUUGGGAUCUGCAUUAAACCAUUAGCUCUGGUUCUUGAACUAGCUCCCCUGGGUGGUCUGGACGUUUUGCUUCGACAAUACCGACGCAGUGGUGCCCACAUGGGACCGCAUACGUUUCAGACCCUUGUACUGCAGGCGGCUCGGGCAAUAGAGUAUCUGCAUCGCAGAAGAAUCAUCUACCGCGAUCUGAAGUCGGAAAAUGUUCUGGUUUGGGAGCUUCCACAACCUCACACAGAGGACAGCCCACGAAACCAUGUGCAUAUUAAGAUUGCCGACUAUGGAAUCAGCAGGCAGACAGCUCCCAGCGGAGCAAAGGGAUUCGGAGGCACCGAGGGCUUCAUGGCUCCCGAGAUAAUACGCUACAAUGGUGAGGAGGAAUAUACUGAGAAGGUGGACUGCUUCUCCUUUGGCAUGUUCAUAUACGAGAAUAUCAGUUUACGACAACCUUUUGAGGGUCACGAAUCCAUUAAAGAGUGCAUUCUGGAAGGGAGUCGGCCUGCCCUGACGCAGAGAGAAACCCAGUUUCCAACCUGUUGUUUGGAUCUCAUGGUCUUGUGUUGGCACGAACAGCCGCGCCGCAGACCCACGGCGAGUCAGAUUGUUUCUAUACUCAGUGCCCCGGAGUGCAUCCACCUGCUGGAUGUUGUUGCCAUGCCUCAUAGCGAAAAGAUUGUAUGUGGAGUGUUUCAGUCGAUGGUCGGCGCCGGUGAUGAGGAACGGUGCGGCCUAGAGCUGUGGCUUCCCUCCUUCGGUUCCCGCAUAGACAUUCUGGACUGCACACCAUCGGGCAGCCUGCUGCAGUGCAACAGCAUCAGUUGUUCUCCGCAGCCACAGGUUGCCCCGCCCAAGACUCCCGAAAACGGCGCCCACUCACGUGCUCGUUCAGCUCAACGCUUGCCCAAGAUGAACAUGCUGUGCUGCUGUCUGGUGGGCGACGCCAUCUGGAUGGGCGACGUUUCCGGCAACCUGCAUGCUUAUAGCACGUCUAGCUACGCCCACUUGUUUUCAUACAUGCUCGAUCCGGCCAUUAAGUCAGCUGUGAUCAGUCUGGUCUACAUGGAACGGAUAGCUCGCGUGGCGGUGGGUACACACAAUGGUCGAGUGUUCCUGGUAGACGCUACUCAAGUUCCAAGCAAUUGCGCCUUUGCUGAGGGCUCCUUUGUGCUCACGGAGAUCUGUUCUGGAUUUGUUUUGCACGCUGCCUGUUCAGUUUUUGUAGAUGGAAACUACGAAUUGUGGUGCGGCGAAAUAGCCGGAAAGAUAAAUGUAUUUCCGUUAAAUGAGACCGGAGUGUCUGGCCACCAGGCUUUGUGCCACAGUGAAGAACCUAAUCUGAUCGAGGACGUCAAGGUGGCUCGCAUGUGCAGCAAUGACAGUCACGUAUUCAGUUGCCUGUAUCCCGGCUGCAUGGUAUACCAGUGGGGUGUGGUGUCGAAACGUAUUGAAAACAAGCUGGACUGCUCCAAGCUGCUGCCCUGUUCUGAGUCCCUGCAAAGCAUCGCUAUAGAUGAACAUGUGAACCUGAUAAAGUGCCAAAUUUCGGCGCUGGCGGCUCAUAAUACGGAGCUGUAUAUCGGAACCACCUGGGGUUGCUUAAUAGUUGCCGAGCUGCACACCCUGCGUCCUAUCAGUGUUUUUCGACCCUAUGAAAAUGAGAUUAAAUCCAUAAUAACGCUUUCUAAUGACAAUGUGCCCUUGAUCGCCACGAUCGGUAGACGGUAUCGCUCUCUGAUCUCACGCUACGUCGACUCCGCAGAGACAUCCAGCAUGUGCUCUGCCGUCAGUACACCCACACAUGGUGCAGCCAAAUUAGUUCCACCGGCGGAUGUGGACAAUCACAUCCAUUGCCUGCUGUGGCGCGCCAAGCACUGGACCUAAGUUCGAUCUCAUUCGAAGUAUUUGUUGACGUAUUUAAUAAUCCUCUACCGUUUACAGACAUUUGUUAAGAAAGGUGCUAGACAUCAGGAAUAGACGCUGAGAAGUAUUUAGUUGCUGUCUUUUUGUAGAAACUAAAAGUAUUGCCGACUUAAAUUUAUCUAUUUUUUCUAAUCGGAGGUGCAAUAAAUAUAUCUCAUUUAUAAAAGCUUAUUUAUUUUUAAAUCAAAUGUUUUUUAAAUUUUAAACAUUUUUGUAAAAUUAUUAUUUUAGAUUUUCUAAAACCCAAUUUAACAGUAUAGCUUAAAAUAGGCAAUAUUUUCAGAAUCAGCAUUAAUCGGUUAAAAGCAGCAACUCUUUGUAAAAUACUUUAGUAGCUCUAUUUAUACUUUAAUGCCCAAUAGAAAACUUAAUUUCAAGUUAAAUGUUAAUUUGUUUAACGAAUUGAUCAAUAAGAAUUGACAGUAACUGCUGCAUUCCGACUAACAUCUAGCAUAUUUAAAUGCGAACUGCAAAAUACAAUUUUUAUUUACUUUUUGAAUA